AUGCAGUGGUUUUCUGGAUACUUUUUUCUUGGCAUCUUGUUGCUGAUCUUUAGUACUGCUACACAAUACAAUUCGAACCGUUCUUUGAGCGAAGGUGAUAUUACAUCCAGUAAAAAUGAAAAUAUACAACAAGAGAUUGUUGGAACAACUAAUGCCGGUCGAUUUAAAUAUCAGGAUGGAGAAGUCAUUCUACUACAAAACCAACGAAAAUUAUCUGAUUUCUUCUUUACACCGUUCCCACAUGUUGAGCCAAAUUUAACUGAAUGUCAUGACGAUGAAUUCAGUGGCCGUACAGAACUGACAUUGGUUGUCUCUCUCUAUACAACGAAUUUAACCGAAUUCAUUGAACGUCAUAUUCAAAAACGUCAAGAUAUUUGUCAUACUGAGCGUUGCGACGUUUCGCUUGUACCGAUGCACUCCAUUCGUCUUUUUCAAAAAGGAUUUCGAACAGUUGAAGCUAGCAAAAAGUUCACUUUAGAUGAUCGAUGGCAUGGUAAUACACAACUUCGACAGAUGGUUGAAUUCAUCUUCUACACGUAUAACAUGUCCAUUUGUGAGAGUUUAAAACAUUCAAUCACCUCACAUUGCCGUGUAUCGAAUUUUGAAGUUCACUACUCAUUAGAAGGUCAACAGACAACAUCUAGAACUCUAGAAGUUACCACAGAACAUGUAACGAAAACAUCGAUGUACAAUCAAAUAAAGUCGCAAUUUCCUGAAAAUAAUCGAGAUACAGUGGCUUUGACUGGGGAUGACUAUAAAAAUCUCUUGAGUGAAACCAUGGAUCAAAUCAAGAUGAAUAUACGAGUUGAAGAAGGUUAUGAAGAUAUGCAAGAUCCAGUUGGCAUCGAUCGACUGCUGGAUCGUCAAUUGCAAUAUAAACAAGUUCGAUUGACAACAGUCAACGAUCAUCUGUGGGAUUCGCUCUAUUGGACACCCGAGUUAACACGGCCUGAUCGGUUGGCGAAAGUACUGAAUAAAAUUCUGAAACAAGAUGCCACGGACUCGGAUAAAUUUCGCUACGAUUUUUCACAGGCAGACGAAGCUUCAAAACAAGAUUUAAAACUUCAGGAUAAACAAAACUUUGACCACUUACAAAAACAUCUGGCAACAAAAUCUCAAAAUACCACACAUAAAUCCGAUGUUGGUGUUCAUUUCGGAACUGAAGCAGGUGGUAGUUUCUUAGGUCUUGGCUCGGCAAACAUGAAAGUCGAUGUGGAUGUCAAUGUUCAUAACCAAAAUACGGACAGUAGAAAUUCGUUGAAUGAUGGUCUAGUUCACAACAAAACCGAUAUGAACCGAUUCAACAGCACGAAUAAUGAAAGAAAAAAUAGUUCAACAGUUCUUCUGCAACGGAAGGAUGCUGAAAAGUUAGUUCACUUUUUGUCAGAGCAUCUGGAAAUAGAAGGUGAUAUCAUAAAACCGAAACCCAUCGAUGUUACGCUUGUUAAAGUUGGCUCGUUAAAAUCUAGUACGAAACUGUUUUCCAAUAUGGUUUAUGUUAAAACUCGAACAAAGCUACAUACGUUACCACUUCGCUGUCCAUAUGAAUAUCGUCGUGGUCGUUUAGCAAACGAUUGGCUUGCAGAAAAAUACCAUCGUUUAUCAAACGUUGUUGAGGAAUUGAGCAAGAAUUUAACGAAAAGUUUGAAAGUGAUGGAAUCGUCAAUCGACGCCAUUGAAUCAAGCCUUAAUCAAAAACUAGCUUCAUCUGAAUCAAACCUCAGUCAAAAGCUGUUCGACUACUUUAAUAGCUCAAAAAUGUUAAUAAAUACAAUUGAAAGUCAAUUAAUAAACAAGACAGAACAAAGCACGAAUGCGACGAAUUCGACAAUAGAUCAAAUGGAAAAUCGCCUUUAUCGAAUUGAAAAAGGUAUUUUCAUGACAGAGAAAGCUAUUUCUAAAUUAUGA